UGUAAAGCAAGAAGCCAUGAACAUAACCUUCCAAAAAUCCUACCUUUUCCUUUUCCCACUAAAUUUGUUCCAGAAAAAACUUAGUAUAAACAAAAAUGGUGAAGCCUCAAUCUAUUACUAUUACAAACUCAAAACCCAAAAAAUCCCGAAAAGAAUAGCAUAAUCAGCUGCAACUUCACUUCAAUUCAAUCUUCCAAAUGAGCCGUCCGCUUUUCUCCACCCUCUUCCUCUCGCUGUUUUUGAUCAAUUUCUCUUUCUUCUCAGAGGUCGAAACGACGACGUUCAAGUUCGUCAACCGGUGCCGGCACACGAUAUGGCCGGGUAUACUAACGGGCGCCGACCGCCCGGUUCUCAACCCGACCGGCUUCACUCUCAAGAGCGGGCGAUCCAGAACGCUGCGGGCGCCCCAAUCGUGGUCGGGCCGGGUCUGGGCCCGGACGCACUGCGCCACUGAUUCCGCGGGCAAAUUCUCAUGCGCCACCGCCGAUUGCGCCUCGGGGAGGGUGGAUUGCGGUGGCGCCGGCGCGAUUCCUCCGGCGACGCUGGCGGAAUUCACUCUCAACGGAGACCAAGGGCUGGAUUUCUACGACGUGAGCCUUGUGGACGGGUACAACAUUCCGAUGCUGAUAAUCCCUAUGGGGGGUACAACCGCGAGCAGCGGGUGCAGCUCCACGGGUUGCCUCGUCGACCUCAACGGUGCGUGCCCGCGUGGGCUGGCGGUGGCGCAUGCCAGGGAGACCGUCGCGUGCCGAAGCGCGUGCGAGGCGUUCGGCAAUCCGGCCUUCUGCUGCAGCGAGGCGUACAAUACGCCGGAGACUUGCGGGCCGUCGCCGUACUCGCUCUUCUUCAAGAGCGCGUGCCCGCGAUCCUACAGCUACGCCUACGACGAUAAGACGAGCACCUUCACCUGCACCGGCGCCGAUUACACUAUCAUCUUCUGCCCCCUGCCUUACACCAGCAUGAAAUUUCUGGCAACACGGAAGGAAUCAGCACAGCUGCCUCUAGUGAACAAAACUAUGAUGUACGUUGGGAGGCGCCGCACCAUGCUGUCAUUACCAGGCUGACACGCAAUCACAGUAGACGAAGAAUGAUCAUUUUGUAAUGAAAUAGGUGCUUGAAUUAGAUUCAAGCAUGAUCACCUCACCAAUGAGACGAUGCAAGCAUAUGAAUGAAGAAGCAUCUUUGUGAAUAGGUUAUUUUUGUAUUUUCUUAAAAUUACGCUUUAGGCAUUAGAAAUGGUAGUAUAUGCUAUGCUACCUUAUCGACUUAUCGUUUACGUUGUUUGGUUUGUGUAAGUUUGUUUUUUGACGAGAGAAACUUGCAGUCGCUAAUUGAGAAGAAUUGUUGAUGAUUCAAA